AUGAAAAUAUUGCCAUUUGGUCAACAUGAAGUUCUUGCUUCAGGCCCUAUUGAGGACCUGAUAGCUCAUCGGGAGCAUAGGUAUCGGAUCUCUGGAUCAUCUUUGCUAGCAGCUAUGGAUCAAAGUUCUCUAGUCCCAGCUGCUGAUCUAGGUUCAGCACAUUUAGGUGACAGAGAGCAAAUUGAUGGAUCUUUAGAAAACCAGAGUAGUUUGGAACCUUCUCAUCUUCAAGGAAAUGGUGAAAAAUUAUCGCGAGUGGAGGAUAGAGGUGGGAGGGGCCACCCCACUGUUGAUAUAGCAGAAGUUCUGAGGCGUUGGACACAUGCCUUACAGCGAGUUCAUAAACAGUCUCUGCUUCUGGCAAAAGCAAAUGAUGGAGAGGGUCCAGAGCUGCUUCGAAUUCCACAUGAUGGUGGUACAAGUGGCCAUGCUGAAUCUUUAGUUGCAACUCUUGCAGAACACCGGCAACAUCUAGCUAGCAUACAGGUGCUUAUCAAUCAACUGAAGGAAGCUGCUCCAUCAAUAAAAACUUCAAUAUCGGAGCUUACAGAGGAAGUAAACAAUAUUUCUUCCAAUUUUCAGUCGGUGACCAAACAUCAUGGCAGAUCAGCCUCACCUAUUGAAGCACAGUGCAGUGGGAGGACAUUGGAAAGUAGCAUCGAUGAGGUUGCUGAUGUAACAUCCAGAUUGUCAACUGUUCAGCUUGAAAAAGUUUCAGCUAGUCCUCAAGCUUUGAAACUCCCACAAUUGUUCAGUUUGACACCAAAUUCUUCUGGGAAAGGCAGCAAUUUGCAAAAGAGGCAGCUCCAAGCUCAAACCAAUCAAAUAGAAAAUAUCUCAGAAAGGAAGUCUAUGGACCAACCUCUAUCUAGCAAUCACAUGGAUAAUCCACCACAAGAUGGUGAUAAUUUUUUUGUCCAGAACUUGAAGAGAUCUGUCAGAGAAGCUGCUUUGUCGGUGCAAUCCUUCAAUUUGGAGUCGUCACAAGACAGUCGUUCUGAUGAUGGGUCUGAGCACUUUUUUGUACCACUUUCAGGGACUGAGCUUUCUCGUCUUGGCCCAGAAAACAAGCUGAACCCAAGGAGUAAACAGUUGUUUGCAUCUCAAACAAAGUCUUCCUUACUUGAGACUCAUGCUCCAGACCGUCAUUUUGGGAGAAAGUAUGAUGGAUUACCAAACAUGUUGAGUGGUUUGGAUUCACUUCAUGACUAUGAUCGUGCAAAGGGUUUUUUUGCUGUCAAUGGUUCCAAUUAUGCAGUUCCUGAUGCACAAAGCUCAUUUUAUGACACUGAGGAAGCUCAAGAUCAAGUUUUCUCACCUCCUUUGUUGAUGGACACAUCACUGUUGGGAGAUUCUUACGAGGACUUACUCGCACCAUUAUCAGAAACUGAAACUUUCUUGAUGGAGCAUUGAGAUCAUAUUCUGAGCAGUCUUGCUGUUGCACUCUCCAGGAGAUGAUUCCAUCACUGUGUCGUUAUAUUUUAAUUCAUCGAUUGAGAAAUUAUUUUCUGCAGUUCUUUUUUAGUAUGGUGUGGAAGUUCUCUGUUCCAUCUUCCUGAUUUGCAUUUCUGUUCUCCCCUACGACAUAUUUGGCAUCUCAUUUUUUGGAGUGGUGGUGACUAUGGACAUGUUGCUGCAUUGCCAGUCAUGCUCGGCAGAUGUCCUGGAGGCUAAAUCAUUACCCAAAUAGAUCAUCAUUGUCCGGACAGAAAAGUUAAUGGACGGAUGCCAUCCAAAAAGGAAUGCAGCUCAGUGUGAUGGUUGAGGCACAAGAUCUGGUGACUCUUUCACUUAGACAAUAAUUUUUCAUCGGGUUUUCUGGCAAUGAAGCAUCUAUCCUUCCAAGUUCAAGUAUCCCUGUUUUGGUAAUUGCAUUAACUGUCUAGAAUUAUUGCCACUGAACUAAUUUAUGUAUUUGAUUGAUAUUUCACAUAACAUUCAGCUAUCUGUCGCCGACAGAUGAAACAUUCAGAAAUUAUAGUCAUUCAGUUGUUGAAAAUUUGAAAUAUUGUAUCUUCCUGACUUUAAAAAAGAGGGACAAAUCGUGAAU